GCCAGUGAGCGACGUCAUUCGGGGUCGCCACGCGGGAGCGUCCGCUCUGCCUCCCUUCCUCCGGCCAUGUUCCCCUCGGCUCCCGCUUCGCCGCGGACUCCCGGCAGCUCGGCCCGCAGGGCCCUCGGCAGCGCCGCUCCGAGUCCCCUGUCCAGACCGGGCAGCAGGAAGAACCUGGCCGUCGUGGCGGCGGCCGGCUCCCCCGGGCUCUUCUCCCCGGUGGCUCGGAGGAGCGGCUCCCUCUCGGCUCGUGCAACUCCCACCAGAGUUAUACAGCAUCCCUCAGCAAGUGAGACUGUUAACUACGAUGUGAAAGCUUUUGGAUCCGCCCUGCCUGUUAAGGUGAUGGAAGCCCUGAAAAACACUGAUGCUGAUGACCAUCUGAGCGUUCAGGUGGAUGAAAGCGGAUGGGCCUGGCUAGUCCAUAAAGAGAGGCUGAUUAUUUGGAAGAUUGGUCAGUCUCCUGUUGCAAAGUUAUCUCUGUGCAAGGAACUCCAGCUGCCACCCAGUGACUACCAGUGGAGUUCCAGUUUAGCAGCUAUAUCUUGUCUCAGUUCCUCAGGUGACGCACCUUCUCUCCAGUCCCUGGCAAUAAUGGUUGCUACCAGCGAAGGUUCUGUGCGCUACUGGCCCAGUCUUGCCCAUGAGGGUUCCUAUACUGAGACUUUCACAGACUUUGGAGGCUCUCUGUGCAGUUUCCUGACAGCAGUGAAGGGAGGAAGCUUUAUUUUAUCAUCUUCCAGAGGCCAACUAGUUCGACUGAUUCCAGAUAGUUCUGGCAAGAUUCAUCAGCAUGCUCUGCCACAGGGUCAGGGCAUGUUCUCUGGAAUUGGUCGAAAAGUUUCUUCUCUUCUGGGUAUAUUAUCACCUGGAAAUGAUGAUGUGAUUUCUAGUGUUCUUUGGGAUAAAGAGAGAUCAAGCUUUUAUAUGCUAACAAAUUCAAAUUUAAACAAGUGGGAGAUUGACGGUUCAUCAGAACGUUAUAUUCUCAGCUGGGAUGUCAACAGAGUCCUGAAGGAACACAUUUCAGAUGCAAUUUGGGGUUCUGAAAGUAACUAUGAAGAUAUUAAAGGAGGAGUAAAUAUACAGUAUAUGGAUUUACAGCAGAAUCGUGAUGGACUGGUGAUACUUGCUGCAGCGUGGCAUCCUGGAGAUAACCCAUGUCUUGUCUACUAUACUCUGAUAACAGUAGAAGAUAAAGGCUUGCAGAUGUCUGAUGAUGUUGUCGUGGAGGUCACACAGUAUAAUCCAUCUUUUCAGUCUGAAGAGGAAGUAAUGUGCUGUCUGGUGAUCCCAGAUUACUUCAGCCACGCUGCUUACCUUUAUAAGGAAGAUGAGGUGUUUGCUUGUUCCACUGGAACUGGAAGAAUUUCAUUACCACAGGAGAAAAUUUUAUUUGGCUUUCAAGGAGAUAGCAUUUUAGGAGCAGGUUCCUAUACUAGCCUCCCCAUCUUCUUUGCCAAAAGAAGUGGACUUAUUACCAUCUUAUCCAGAGAAAACAUUUCUGUGCUCCCUGAAGACCUUGAAGAUUCUCUGUCCUCUUCUGUUGCUGGACCAAUAAGUGAGAGUCCUGCAUUUGAUCCAGCCAGUAGGCUAGAAAUCGUAGCUCAAGAGGAUAAGACAAAGUUACUGAAAGCUGCUUUUCUACAAUACUGCAGGAAAGAUGUAGUUAAUGCUCAGAGCAUGGUAGUUGAACUAUUUCCAAGUAACACAGAUGUGGAUUCUGAUGCUGAACUGGAUAGGGCAGUGACUCAGAUCAGUGUGGAUUUAAUGGAUGAUUAUCCUGCCUCUGAUCCAAGAUGGGCUGAAUCCGUACCUGAAGAAGCCAGUGGUUUUAGCAACACAUCCCUCAUUCUUCUUCAUCAGCUGGAGGAUAAGACAAAAGCUCAUUCCUUCUUCAUUGAGUUUCUUCACCAGGUUGGCAUAUUUGAACGACUGGGCAGUUUUCCAGUGCGGGGGAUGCCGAUGGCAACUCGACUAUUGCUCUGUGAGCAUGCAGAAAAACUAGCAGCUGCUAUUGUUCUCAAGAACUAUCACUCCAGGCUGCCUGAUCUAGUGAAUGCUGCUAUACUGAUUGCUUUAAACAAAAGGGACUGUGACAUUCCACCAAGUCUUACUCCUGCAGAUAUUUUCUUUCGAGAGGUGUCCCAGAUCGAUUCCAUCUUUGGAUGCUUACUAGAAGAGGAGGAACAAGUCUUGAGGGAGAUGCAUAUUGAAUCAAUUGAGUGGGCCCAAGUAGUUGUCAGUGUGAACAACAUCAUUAAGGAUAUGCUACAAGCUGCCUGUCAGUAUCGUCAAUCUAGAGCAUCCUUAUAUAAAACAGGAGAGCUUCCAGAGAGAGAACCUGAAUAUAUUCCAUGGACAGCAUCCAGCAGCCUACGUGCAGCAAUAACACGUCAGCAUGGAAUCAUUCUGAAGGUGGUGUAUCCUCAGGUGGACAGCAGCCUCCGUAGUAUUGUGGCUGAACAGGUGGUGGCACUGCUCGACUGCUUUCUGGAUGGAUACGUUUCUCAGCUGAAGUCUGUGGACAGACCUGGUGAUCAAGAGAGAUACAGCAAUCUGGAAAUGGAAUAUGUGCAGAAGAGAUCAGAGCUCUUGUCUCCUCUCCUUUCCCUGGGACAGUAUCAGAUGGCAGCUCUUUUAGCAGAGAAGUAUUGUGACUUUGAUAUCCUGGUGCAAAUGUGUGAGCAGACAGACAACCAGGCCAGACUGCAACGUUACAUGAGUCAGUUUGCAGAUCAGAAUUUUUCAGAUUUCCUGUUUCGCUGGUACUUAGAAAAAGGAAAGCGAGGGAAGCUGUUAUCUCAGCCUAUUGCUCAGCAUGGACAGCUGGCCAGUUUCUUGCAAGCACAUGAGCACCUGAGCUGGUUACACGAAAUCAAUAGUCAGGAUUUGCAGAAGGCUCACAGAACACUGCAAACUUUAGCAAACAUGGAGACCAAAUAUUUUGCAAAGAAGAAAACCCUUCUUGGCUUGAGUAAAUUAGCUGCACUGGCAUCUGAUUUCUCAGAAGACAUACUGCAGGAAAAGAUAGAAGAAAUAGCAGAACAGGAACGCUUUCUUCUACAUCAGGAGACACUUCCUGAGCAGUUACUGGUAGACAAACAACUGAACCUCAAUGAUAUGCCAGUGCUGUCUGCAACUCAGCUCAUUGAUAUGUACAUUUGUGAUGAGAACAGAAGGGCCAAUGAGUAUGACUUCAAGAAAGCACUUGAUCUACUGGAAUAUAUUGAUGAGGAAGAGGAGGUGGAUGUAAAUGAUCUUAAACUUAAAAUUCUCUGCAUGGCUCUCCGAAGAGAUGGAUGGUCCAGUUCAGAAGGCAAAGAUGAUCCAAUAGAAGCAUCUAAAGAUAGUAUAUUUGUGAAAAUACUGCAAAAGCUAUUGAAAGAAGGAGUUCAGUUAAGUGAAUAUUUACCGGACGUGAAGGACUUUCUGCAAGCAAAUGAACUCGGCUCCUUGAGAUAUAAUGCUUACUUUGAAUUUGUGUUAAAAGCAAACUAUGAGCUCUAUGUUCACGGACAAACAUAGUUGUCAUUUUUAAAAAAUAUUUUUUUUCUAAAGUACUGUUGAAUUCAUGUAUACUUUUUUACAGUCUGUUGGGUUUUGGUUUUUUUUUGCUAAAACUUUAUAGUAAAGUCUAUAUAAAGUGAUAUACUUGGUCAUUGUCUUAGUUUCAGCUGGGGUGGAAUUGUUUUUUUUUUUCAUAGUGUCUGGUAUGACAUGUAUCCAAGAGUAGUUCCACUGUAGAACAUCACAAUAAUCAGCAGGUGGAGCAGGCUGCUAGCAUUGAAGUGGCUCAGGUAGAUUUAGACUGGUAAAAUGAGGGUGAAUUGUUUCUAGCUCAGUGGGCCCAUGACCCGUCAGGCCAUCAAGGAAGAGAUGCAACUUAUAGAACGAGGGGUGAGCUUGAAUAUAUGGGCACUAUUGCACAGGUUAUCCAUGAGUGUGCAGUGUGCACUGCAAUUAAGCAGUGGAUAAAACCUCUCUGGUAUGGAGAAUAACAGCUGAAAUAUAAUCCAUUUGCCAGGGCAUCCCAUAUUUAUAUCAUAUUCUCCCACAAACUGACCAGGGCAAGCACCAUGUGCUUGCAAGAGUGGAAGCUGGAUGGCUGAAAACAGAUUGUGUGCUCCAUGCUACUGUUCAAAUUUUGAUCCUUGGUCUUAAAAAUCAAGUCUUGUAGUGACAUGGCACCCUAAAAAGACUUGAGUUAGAUAAUGGGACUAAUUUCUGAAACAGUCUCAUAACCACCAGGGCCAAAGAGCAUGACAGUGACUGAGUGUAUCAUAUCCCCUAUCAUGCACCAGUUUCUGGAGAAAUUGAAUGGACUGAUAAAUGCUAUAUUGGGAAUAAUGGGUUCUGGGACAUUCAAACAUUGGGACACAUUUGGCAAAAGCCAUGCAAUUAGUCAGCACUUGGGGAUCUGCCAGUCAAGCUGGCCCUGCCCAAUUAAACCUCGUACACACUGUAGAAGGAGAUAAAGUGCUGGUAGUGUAUAUAAAGAACAUGCUGGAUAAUACAGUCUGUUAUUCCAGCCUUGGGCAAAGGCAAGCCUAUCUGUGGGAUUGCUUCUGCUCAAGGACCUGGGUGCAUGUGGUGGGUAAUGUGGAAGGAUGGGGAUGUCUGUGAUUUGAUGCUGGAUGAGAACAGCCAGUAGUUUAAAUUGUAUGAUGUUAAAUUGCUACAUAAUACUGCAUGUCAUCAUUAUUAUGGUUGUUACAUCUCUUGUUAAAACUAUUACAGUAAGAACUACUCAGGUGGAACCAGAACUAGCUUCUGCAUACAGUAACCCAACACUGUGAAUCAUCCCUUCUGCACUGAAGAAUUGUACUGACAGAUGAAGCCCAAAGUUGUGAACUAAAUGAAUACCACGAACAGUU